UUCUUUCACGUGUAGGACUCUCUCAGUGUGUCUUAUCCAUCCACGCUGUGACAGAUCCCGGGGUCCACCUCUGCGCUUAUUAAUAAGACAACACUCGUCCACAAAUGGCCUUCAGAAAGUUCCUACCCCUGUUCGACCGGGUGCUGGUGGAGCGUUUAACAGCAGAGACAGUUACUAAAGGAGGGAUUAUGCUGCCAGAGAAGUCACAAGGCAAAGUGCUUCAGGCCACAGUAGUAGCAGUUGGACCUGGAUCUGUAAAUCAGGAUUUCUACAACUGGCCCGAUGAAUCAUUCGAGGAGAUGGACAGCACCCUCGCUGUUCAACAGUACAUACAACAAAACAUUCGGUCAGAUUGUUCAAAUAUUGACAAAAUCCUAGAACCUCCAGAGGGUCAAGACGAGGGUGUGUGGAAGUACGAGCACCUCAGGCAGUUCUGCUUGGAGCUUAAUGGUUUAGCUGUCAAACUGCAGAGCGAGUGCCAUCCUGACACGUGCACCCAGAUGACAGCCACGGAACAGUGGAUCUUUUUAUGUGCUGCUCACAAGACACCCAAAGAGUGCCCUGCCAUUGACUACACCAGGCACACGCUGGACGGAGCUGCCUGCCUUCUUAAUAGCAACAAAUACUUUCCAAGCAGGGUGAGCAUCAAGGAAUCUUCAGUGGCCAAACUCGGCUCUGUGUGUCGUCGCAUUUAUAGGAUAUUCUCUCAUGCCUACUUCCAUCAUCGCCAGAUAUUUGACAAGUAUGAGAAUGAAACGUUCCUGUGUCACCGGUUUACGCGUUUCGUAAUGAAAUACAAUCUGAUGUCCAAGGACAACCUGAUCGUGCCCAUUCUGGAGGAGGAGGUUCAGAACACCUCAUCAGCUGGAGAGAGCGAAGCCUAAACACACAGCAGCUGCCAUAAAGGAGAAAUAUAUAAACACAAUUUGUGCGGCGACGGUUGACCUAAGACACACAUACUCACUCAUACUGGACACACACUACAGUGCAUUUAGGCUCUUGUCUAGCAUCACUGUCUGUCGACCUCCUCUUCCCUUAUCCCCCCGUGUCUGUCUGAAGGUACGGCUGUAGGGUAGGACUAAACCAGGUCUGUGUAGAUGCCAGACUUUCAUUAGCGUUAACAAUUGCUGUUCAGAGUCAUGCUGUACUUGUUCCAUUAGGGGGCCACAGCUGCUUCUGAACACAGACCCGCUCUCACCACUUCUUUUAGGGAACCUUUUUGUUGAAUCUUUUGAGCAGCUGGAUUUGCAAACUUGAUGUAAUCAUGGUGACCUGUAUCGAUGACAAAGGCACAGUGGCCGCUUCCCUCUGUAAAUAUCCCGCCUUUUUUUUUUUUUUUUUCUCUCUCUCUCUCUUUUUCACAGCGGAUUUUCUGACGGUGCUUCUGUUCUAUAUUUGCUUGUGUUGCCUCCUCCUGUUUGGGGAUGUCUCAUGUUAUGGAUCACUAAAUUAGCCUGCUGACCUAAUUAUGCUUAAACACAGUGUAGGUGUGGUGUGUGUGGUAGUGAAACAAAGCUUUGUACAUGUAAUAGCAGCCAGAUAAUCUCCCUUUUGGGCUCCGACUUGGGCUCUAUUUAGAAAAAACGUCUUUGCCAACUCUGAUCCUGCUUCGUGACACGCCCCUGUUCUAGUGUAAAACGUGCCCAGUAACUCUUUGCCUAAACGGAUCAGUAAUCGUUAUGAGACUGCGCUCCUCCAGGCCAGUUUUAUUGCUUUAAACGUAUUAAAAAAAAGAAGUCCACAAAGGAUGGAACAUUGGCUACACUGAGCACAACCUCCCAUCUCUUUCCCUCUCCCUCAUUAAGUUAUUUUGUGGGAGGAGUCUUGUCAAUCCAACCCACUGUUUUUUUAAUGAACUAAAAAUUUUGUUACUGUCGACAUUUUCAUGAUGUCUUAAUAAAAAAGACCUAUUAUUCAAA